GAUACGCUGUGGGGAAGCGCUCCCCUUCCGCCCUCCACCCUGCCAGGUCGGCAGCUGCGGUGGCCUCGGGAAUCCGCAUCUGGGGCUCCACUGGCGCAGAGGGUGCUCGCUGUUUGUUGACUUGUGAAGGCUCCUUGGGAAGGGGCCGACAGCUGCGACUCUAGGGCCACUGAGUCCCCAGGGCUGUGCGCGAGUCGGGGAAGGGUUCUCCGCAGGGUCUCUACCCUCACCUUCUCCCGAACCGGGAACCAAGUCUUAGCCAGAGACGUCUUGGAUUUGGGACCCUGAAGUUUGAGUUCGCGACUCUUCUUAUUGGAAGUUAUUGGUGUGGGACCGGGCCUGGACUCUCCUAGGGGACAACUGGAGUGCACUGGAGAGGUCUCAGCAGGAGGGAAAGCGGCAGUUCCGAGUCACAGUGGACCGUGUGCACUCGCCGGAGACGGCGCAGGCCUUGGAAUCCGAACACUGCGGCUAUCAGAUUCCACCCGGUUAGAGGCCGCGGAGGAGGGGCGAUCAGUGCUGGGGUCAGGAUCCCUGCGGUUUUUCUGAACUAUUGAGAAGAUGGUGGACCACCUGGCAAACACAGAGAUCAACAGCCAGCGGAUUGCAGCUGUGGAGAGCUGUUUUGGGGCAUCGGGGCAACCGCUGGCCCUGCCGGGCCGUGUGCUCCUAGGCGAGGGGGUGCUGACCAAGGAGUGCCGUAAGAAGGCCAAACCACGCAUCUUCUUCCUUUUUAACGACAUCCUGGUGUACGGCAGUAUUGUGCUCAGCAAGCGCAAAUACCGCAGCCAGCACAUUAUACCCCUGGAAGAGGUAACUUUGGAGCCGCUGCCAGAGACCCUGCAGGCCAAGAACCGCUGGAUGAUCAAGACAGCCAAGAAGUCCUUCGUGGUGUCGGCAGCCUCCACCACGGAGCGCCAGGAAUGGAUAAGCCACAUCGAAGAGUGUGUGCGGAGGCAGCUGCAGGCCACAGGCCGCCAGCCCACCACGGAGCACGCGGCGCCCUGGAUCCCGGACAAGGCCACGGACAUCUGCAUGCGCUGCACGCAGACGCGCUUCUCCGCGCUCACCCGGCGUCACCACUGCCGCAAAUGCGGGUUCGUGGUCUGUGCUGAGUGUUCCAGGGAGCGUUUCCUGUUGCCCCGUCUCUCUCCCAAGCCCCUUCGUGUCUGCAGCCUCUGCUACCGAGAGCUGGCCGCCCAGAAGCGGAGAGAGGAGGCCAAGGAGAGUUUCGGGGGCUCUCCGCGGCAGCUGUCCCACCUAGGCGGCCCUGUCUGUGGCGCAUCCAGUGGCGAUGACGAUGACUCCGAUGAGGACAGAGAGGGCAGUGGGGACGGUGACUGGCCCACCCAGGUGGAGUUCUAUGCUUCUGGUGUCUCCUGGUCAGCCUUCCAUAGUUGACCCUCACCACCACAGCGUUUGCAUCAAGCUAGUCCUCUGCUUGGGACCUUUUCCCAUGGCAGUGGGCAUGUGACCGGUGGCUGUUCCAGAGCCAUUACUAGUGUCUUUCUGCUAGACAGCAGCCUCCGGGGCCCUCUUCUGUGUCUUUUUCAGAUAAUUUCCUUUCCAUUUUACAUGUAGUCCUUGGUGACCAGACUACAGCUGCAGCCCGUGGAACUUAAGGCUAGGGUUGAAGAGGGCAGAGGGACGCUUGGGCUUCAGACCCCAUUCCCACCUUCAACCAUCAACAGGUACAGCCCAUGGGAGAGCAUGAGGCUUGCAUAUCUACCAUGCAGGACCUGGCCACUGGAUCUGCCAAACUGAAUGCCGGAUGUACUGUGUGUGCCCUUCAGGCCCAGGUGACCUGCAGCCUGAGCUCCCCCAGCCCAGGCUAGCCCAUCAAAGCCUGUGCCCUGUCACCACCUGGUCCUGUCACCAUCUCUGUCUGUGGUCAAUAGAAUCUGUUUUCUCUUAAGACUCUAGGUUCAGGGACAAAAAACAUAUCUAGACUAAUUUACCAAUAAACAAUAAAGUACCAA